AUGCGCUUCGCUUACAUUUUUCGAAUCAAUCGACUAUCAACUACUUUAUUUUCAAAAUCAUCAUGUCAAUGUCCAUGUCAUAUAUAUCGUUAUAUACACACGUUUCCAAAUGAAGAAAUGUCAGCUCGAACAAAUGAUCAUAUUCGAUCUGCUUUAUAUCCGCUAAAUGGUAGUGAUUAUCCAACACGUGUUCAUCCAGAUUUGAAUUAUGUCAAACUAUUUCGUGAUAUUGAAUUAUUGAAAGAAAAUUGUUCACAACGACAAAUAAUGGUCGAUAUUAAUAGUUUGGCAUCCGACUAUGAUCGAUGGCGAAUAGAAAGAGCAGAAUUUCGAAAAAUACGAAAACAAUAUUAUGAACAAGAGGAACAACAGCAAACACAAGCAUUAUCGGAUACAGGUACAGAUCAAAAGGUCCCAAAGAGAAAGCAAAAAAAGUCAAAUUUAGUUGCAACAGAACAAGAUAAAAUAGUCGUCAAUAAUUUACUUCACAAUUCUGAAAUGGUUGAAAGUGUUGACGAAGCAUGGAUCGACUCUGUUAACAUAUCACCUUCAGCACAAAUAUUAAAAGAUCAUCCAUUAGAAAUGACAGAAUUUAAUCAAUUAAAAGAACAAUAUGAUAAGAUACGUGAAGAAUUUCGUUUAUUUGAUCAUCGUUUUACAGUUGCCUGUUUACGUUUACCAAACGCAUUGCAUAUCUCUGUGCCGCACAAUGAAAGUGGGAUUGUUCUAUAUGAAUCACCAUUGCCUGUUGUUAAACAUGCAUUUAAUAGUAAAUCGUGGAAUGAACUUUGCCAUGUUUUAGAAAAUAAUGAUGCAUCACCAUUUGGAACAUAUUGGUUGGGAAUGGCACCAUUAAGAAAACAUGAAUUAAUUCGAACAAUAUGCAACGAUCUAAAUAAUCUAGGCUUUGAAGAAGUACAUUCGAUGAGUGUUGUUAAACCGUUUAUAUGUGAAGCACUUGGCGAUAACAUCAAUGAUAGCCGCCAAGUAUUGACAUUAUUUGAGAAUGAACAAGAUUCACGUAGUCAUUCAUUUAUAAUGAAAGGUCUAGGUUCAUUAGAUUCAUUAUUAGCACCAUUUGUUCGACGUUCAAUACAUGAGUCUGAUUUACCCUAUGUUGUCUAUUCACAAGGACCAUGUUAUGAUAUAAAGAAUAAACAGACAAAUAAAAUUCAACUUUUAGCAAUGACAACCUUACGCGAUGUACAUUUAAAAAAUAUUGCUGAUCCUCUAUUAGAUGAUUCACAUAAAAAGUUAACUGAACUACAUUUACCUGUGAAUCCAACGUUGGAUUCGGUUAUGAAUGAACGAGAAAAAAAUCCAGAAUAUGUUGAAUAUAAUCAGCGAAUUAAAAACGUUUUAAAUGAUCAGUCACCUUAUAAAUUUAAUCGUACAUCAAGUUUAGAUGAUCUAUUUUUAGAAUUAACACGUUUAAUCUAUCGUUUAUAUGAAAAUUUUAAACUACCUUUUAGAAUUAGAAAUUGUUCUGCUAAUCAGUUACAAUUAUAUGAAGCAUUACGAUUACAAUAUGAAAUUUAUUUACCAAGUUCAAAUGAUUACGUUGGCGUUGGUAGUGUCUCUCUAUUAAGCGAUUAUGUGAGUAGACGUCUAAUGAUCAGAUAUAAAAAAGAUAGAUCCAAUAAAGGAUCAACUUCAAAAGUGGAAAGCAAACAGUCUACAAUAAAUAAUCCGAAUCAAAUUUAUACAAAUGAAAAUCAUGUACAAAUGAUUCAUGCACAAUUUGUUGAUAUCGAUCAACUAGUUAAAUGUUAUGUUGAAAAAGAACAAAGAAAUUUUUCGCAAUCAACUUGA